GAAGAAAACAUGAUUAUACUAGUACUUUCUUUGUCUUUUAUUUAUAUAAUUUCAUAAUACAAGUAUCGGGUAAGUAACAUAGAAUAAAAGUGAAUAAUUCCGAAGAAAAAUAUAAUGCAUUAAAAUGUAUUCCCGUUGGUAACGAGCAAACACUCCAAGCAGAUGAUUGUCCUCCUUGUUGUUUGUGUUUUUUUUCGUAUUUUCCUUACAGGCGCUGCCGAUACAAAGGCCUGACGCAGAAGUAAUUCCUGCGUCACCUGUAACAUCAAGAUCAAGAUCAAGACACAAGCUCUUCAAUACAAAGGCCUGACUCGUAAGAAAUUCUGCGUCACCUGUAGCAUCAAGAUCAAAGAGGUUCCCACGUUUUCCAGCCAGCAGUGUACGAGUAUUUCGCCUUUUCUAGCCAUCACUUAUCCACCAACUGUAUCAGUACCACAGUUGAAGAACUUGUUUCUUGGUGCCAGUGGAAAGUGGAAACGCGUCACGCGGGUGCGUUCCUUACCGCCAUUGGCAUUGAGGCAUCAUCAGCACUUGUGAAAGAUGGAGGAAGAUUCCACAAAGAAACGCACUCUGGGUGGCAGAGGAGCACUGAUAAUGAAAGCUCUGGAAAACAAGGCUAGGCAACCUCAGCAAGCCACUUCCAGUGAACCUCCACAAGCAGUUGUUCCUCCAUUACAGAGUGGAGCAAGAGGUGUUGGUGGAGAGGCAGCUGCUUUAUCCCCACCCAACCAAGGGGAUGGUGCACCUAAGCCUCAAACUUUAAGCCGGGGAGCACUUCUUAGUCAGAUACUUCAGAAGCGAGCCAGCUUUAGAGGGUCUCCAAAUUCAUCAGCUGAUGAGAUGAACAUCAAACCUGGCAUUGCACAAGGCAGCACUGCUUUGCUUACAGCAGAGAUGGUUGGAUCUGUCACUACCCAGCCAGGAGCUCUUCCUCUGCAAAGCAGCAGUGCAGCCAUGAACCCUCCACUCUGCAAAGAUGAAGUAGCUGCAGCAGCAGAGAGUAUUCAGCUUUUAAGUGUGUCAGAAACUGAACAAGAUCCAAUAAAACAGCAUGGGACCACAGGAACAAAGUUCUCUGGAACAGGAAAUUGGAUUCGUCUGUCUCAAAAAGAAGACAAAGCAGUUUUUCAGUACGAGGUUAAAUUUGAACCUCAGGUUGAUGCUCUGAAUAUUCGUUUUGGUCUUCUUAACACUUUCAAAGAACAGUUGGGUUCUGCAAAAACUUUUGAUGGAAAUAUGUUAUGGCUUCCCAUAAGAUUGCCUAAAGAGAUUGUAUUGUUUGAGACAACAAACCCACAAACAAAUGGGAAAGUCACUUUAAAGAUAAUUUAUAAGAAGAAAGUGAAGAUGGAUGAGUGCAUUCAGUUCUACAAUGUGCUUUUUAAUCGCAUCAUGAGAAAGUUGAAGAUGACAAAGAUUGGAAAUAACUAUUACUCACCAGGAGGCUCAGUUCUAGUCCCACAACACAAGUUGGAAAUCUGGCCAGGAUAUGUUACUUCAGUGAGCCACCAGGAGGAUGGUCUAAUGAUUUGUGUUGAUGUGUCGCAUAGAAUUCUCCGCACAGAAACAUGCUAUGAAGUCAUGAGUGCAUUAUGCCAGAAACAUCGAGGGAAUUUCAAGGAUGCAAUCACUAGCACCUUGAUUGGAUGUGUUGUCCUCACACGCUACAACAACAGGACAUACCACAUUGAUGAUGUUCUCUUUGACCAAAAUCCUACAUCUUCUUUCACAAACUAUGAAGGCAAAGAGGUGAAGUAUGUGGACUACUAUCAAGAUACAUAUGGUAUAAAGAUCAAAGAUCUAAAGCAGCCUCUACUGUGCCACAAAGUUAGGAAGAAAGAGCUGAAAGAUCAAAGCUACUCUAAGAGCCUGUGUUUGAUACCCGAGCUGUGCAAUAUGACGGGAUUGACUGAUGCCUUGAAGGCUGACUUCCACGUGAUGAAAGACGUUGCUCAACACACUCGCAUCACACCUAAUGUUCGUCAUGCUUCUUUGAGGAGCUUCAUAAAAAAUGUGAAUGAGAAUGAAGAAGCUCAUAAAAUCCUUGCUGACUGGGGACUUUCCCUACAGGACAAUAGUCUUCCCUUUGAGGGUCGCAUAUGUGCCCCAGAGACCAUUAUCUUUGGGAGUCAGGAAGUAGCAGGCUCACAGCUUGCUGACUGGGGCCGGGAGUCAUCCAGGGAGAAAGUCAUAAUGCCUGUGGAUCUGAUGCCUCGGCGCUGGCUAGUCAUCUUCAGUCCACGUGACCAGGAAUGUGCCCGAAAUUUCUGCAAUAUGAUGAGAACAGUUGGCCGAAGCAUUGGCAUUCAGGUCGGAGAGCCAUUGAUGGUGCAACUACAUGAUGACAGGACAGAGAGCUAUGUUGUAACUCUGAAACAGCAGUAUCACAGUCAGUUACAGCUGGCAGUCUUGAUCUUCCCAACACAACGUGAGGAUCGCUACUCUGCAGUGAAACGUGUUGCUUGUGGAGAUAUGGGCCUCCCAACUCAGUGCAUCGUGUCUCGCACAAUUAAUCAAGAAAAGAAAUUGCGAGCAGUAACUCAAAAGAUAGUGCUGCAAAUCAACUGUAAACUUGGUGGAGAGUUGUGGGCCCUUAAGAUUCCUCUGAAUGGUCUAAUGGUUUGUGGUGUGGAUGUUUACCAUGACAGCUGCCAGCGAGGUUCUUCUGUGGUGGGGUUUGUAGCCUCGAUGAACCAGACUCUCACCAAAUGGUAUUCAAAUGUUAGUUUUCAGCAUACUGGUGAUGAGAUCGUGCAUAAACUCAAAAUACACCUGCUGGAAUCAUUACGGCAUUAUCAUAAAAUCCAUCAUGCCUUGCCUCGCUCCAUCAUUUUGUACCGUGAUGGUGUUAGUGAAGGGCAACUGAAAAUAGUAGAGGGGCAUGAGAUACCUCAGUUGACCACAGUCUUCAUGCAUUUUGACUCUUAUAAUCCCAAGCUGUCCUAUGUUGUGGUUCAGAAGAGACUAAACACAAGGAUCUUCACUGUCUCCAGAGGUCUUAACAACCCUCCUCCUGGCUCCAUUGUGGACAACACCAUUACUAGUCAUCAUUGGUAUGAUUUCUUCCUUGUAUCACAGCAUGUGAGGCAGGGAACUGUUUCACCAACACACUAUAUUGUUGUGCAAGAUGGAAGCAAUUUGAAAGUAGACCACAUGCAGAGACUUGCCUAUAAAAUGACUCAUCUUUACUAUAACUGGCCUGGUACUGUUCGAGUUCCUGCUCCUUGUUUGUAUGCCCACAAGUUGGCUUAUCUUAUUGGCCAGAAUGUAAAGAAGGACCCUGCUGUUGGGCUGUGUGACAAACUCUUCUAUUUGUAAGGUGGUUCUUCCUGUGAACAUAGGCUUGUAUUUCAGUAUGUAUAUGAUAGUCCAUAGGUGAAAUGAAUUCACUUUAAAUAUUCUGAUGUAUAUCUGCACUUAUAUCUGUAAGCAGAGAUAUGUUACUUUUAGUUUUUUAGUGGGCAGAUAAAUACAUUAUAAUUGUAAUGAUUUGUUAGUUUAUUAAUUUUGUUAUUAUUAUUAUUAUUACUACUAUUAUUAUUAUUAUUAUUAUUAUUAUUAUUGUUGUUGUUGUAAUUAUUAUUAUUAUUAUUAUUAUUUAUUAUUAUUUAUUAUAUAUAUAUCUUUAGCUAAUUGAUUUUGGGGAGAGGAAUUGUUUGCUGCCCAUGGAUGAAAGCCAUACUUGAGGACUUGAGUGGUUUUAUUUCUUUGAUGAAUGUUUUGUAAGCUUUGCAAAACUGAAGGAACAGCAUUUUUUAUUUCUUAUGUAUUCCACACCAAUAGAUCUUUUUGUCAUUAGUUCAUUGAUUGUCUUAGUAAAGAAGUCUUGGUAUUGGCAUUGGUUUAUGAUGUUUGUGUGGCAUUGGUUCAUGAUGUUUGUAUGGUAAUGACAGUUAGGUCUUUAAAUAUUUGUGGUCUUAAGUUCCAUAAUAAUCACCCAAGAGUCUGGUA